UUGCUUCAUCACGUCAGACGGUCGCAUAAUCGUGAAUAUAUAUAUAUUUUUCCAAUUUGUCUCAGUAAAGAUUGUUUUAAUGUGUACAACUAAAUCUAUAUAAUCAGUAAAUAAAUAAAUUAGUGAACAAGUGAGUGAACACGACAUUGGAAGACCGGCUACUGGCCGUCAAUGUGACGUCAUAUUCUGUCGCCUGACUCGCUGGACAUAAAUUCAAAACUACUGGCGGUAGAAAAUCUAUGUUUACAUUUUAUACAUUUGACCUUAGUAGUAUUCUCAAUAAUAAUUACAAAUUAUAAAAAAUGUCGGAUUCUUUUUGCUGAAAUAGCAUUCCCUGAUUGUUGGACGUUGCCUUACUGCCUACUGAUUUUCUUUACUUUUCUGUUUUUAUUUGUAAAACGUGUACACUGACUGUAGUGUCAGGGAAACUGCUUCACUUUGUUGAAUGCAAUGGCUCCUCUCAAAUUUGUCAUUAAGUGUGGGAACUUUGCUGUGCUGGUGGAUCUCUACGUCCUGCCCUUGGGCGGCCAAGACGACGCCAGCUGGUUUACUACAAGCCACAUCGAGGAAGUUACAUCUCUGGUUCGUGAUGCUGUGGAUCAAAGAGUUAAGCAGUACACAGAGUCCUUCUAUAACAGAAGACUACCAAAACAUAAAAAGGAGCUGGCACCUGCCUCCGCCUUUAUCGUUAAAGGGAAAAACUUCAGCUUGGUUGCCAAUUUUCUGAAGCGUCACUUUAACCUCCGAUGUAUUGUCAAUCAGCUCACUGGUGAGUUGCAUGUGUUUCCAGAGCGCUACGUGGUGUGCGUAAGCCGUCCAGAGGGUGCUGCAGUGCACUAUGGAAAACUGAGCCCAACCACAACCGAGCUGAGCGAACAAAGCAGGUCAGAAUAUUUUUCCAGAGAGGGAGAAAUCCAAGAGUCUUUCAACUGCGCCGCAAAAAUAAAGAAGACUGCGCUUCAAAAGAUAGCCAAGAAAGCGAGUGUCCAGCAAGAUCCCUGUGGUCUCAGUGGGGGGAAGCAGCAAAGAGACUGCGUCGAAGAGUCAGGAAGAAGCUCGAAAGAAAGUGCGUCCAACCAUGGCAGGACGACCCCUUCAAAUAUCGAGCAGCAGGUACCGGGCUCUCAGAACGGGGGCUGGGCCAAUCAGCAGCCACCUUCUAAUUGUCCUCCACAAAGUAUCAACCCAAACUUGGCCUCAGUAGGCAUCCGCCCACGGGAAAGCAGUCCCAGACCCAGGCAGAGCAAGAGGUCUAAGCCCAGCGAAGCAAGAGAAGACCCUCGCCCACAGAAGGCCAAGAGGACGGACCUCCAGAGACCUUCAGCCACAGUGCAAACUCAGUCCACUGAGUGCAUCACGCAAAUAUCCAAACAGGACCUUCUUCCUCUGAUGCCCCUUCCUCCAGACGAAACAGAGGCUGCGUCCAAGGCUUUCCCAGUCUCCGAGUACAAGAAAACCACAGUGGAAGUGGAGCUGCUUACUCCAGGGAAACGGGACCAGAGGCUCCCCCUCACAAGCAAUAACACAGCACAGACGAACCAAAACAAGCUGGCCACAAGUCUGAGGGGCCUAUCUGUCAAGCUCGCAUCCUCAGGCUCCUCUAUUGGUUCCAGAUCCACAGGCGGGGAGGAGGGAAGUCAGAAUGUGCCCAGAACCUCCAGAUUACGACGACUGAAGAGGUCCUGAGGGGGGACAGACGAGCUACAGUAAAGAUGCCUGACGCCAUAGAGAUAGAUGUGAAAUUGUGUCAGCACGCACACACACACACACACGCACUCACACACACCGCUUACGACAAUUACUAUUCUUCUCACACAAAGCCACACAUGCCGGCCCAUUACGGAACACAUAAUUGAUACAUGAGCCUUUUGAGUUAUGUUUUGUCAAAUACUUGAAACAGACUGCCUCCACCCAUAAGUAGUGGUGGUCAAUAGAGGCUUGCAAGUGAAAGGCAAAAACCCUUAAUUGGAGUUUAGACUCGGGUUUUGUGUUAAAGAUCUGGGAUUUCAGACAGGCAGGAGCCAUGCAGUACGUCAUGGCUCCUACGUGUCUGAAAACUGUCCACUUUCUCUGCUGAGGCUCUGCUUUGAUUGAUUGCUGUUUUUCCAGAUCAGUUUUUUGAAAAACUUUUCAUUUAUACACCAUUUUAAUUCAUAUAUAAAUCUGUACUUCCUGAAACAAACAAGACCAGUCUUAAAACGUCCUGACAGCCAGCGUCCACUACAGUGGACAUAUGUGUUAUACACAACAGGGCUUUUUCCCCCAAAAUGUGGACAUUGUUUUUUUUUGGUCAAUUGUCAACUGCAAAGGAAAAUAUUUAUUUUUUUCCUUACACAUUGCUGUGCAGAGUAUGCAACGUGUUGUACUGAAAUAUGGGCAGUUUGAUUUGGAAGUAGCUAGAACUAGCAGCGAGUUGACACCCUCACGCCAGCCGAGCGUCUGUCAGUUUUUCAUCACAUUGGCAAUGAUCCCUGCAGCCCAACAAUAUCCCAUAAGAACUCCUAGUCUCAUUCAAGUGCCUUGAUGCUCCUUCAUGACAUGUCACCCCAUAAUAUACUUUUAAUAAAGCUCGGUUUUACUGAAUGAUGGUUUAUGAUCGGAAUAAAUCCGUUUUCCCAGGAAAGAAAUGUCUCCGCA